UAUUGUAGAAUAUGUGUAAUACAUUACUUGUAAAGACAGUGACAUUGGUUCAUGUGUCUCCGGGUCAAAGGGAGCACAUUUGGUUUGGGCAAUGCAGCUAUUUAUAACAGCAAACACCACACUAUGUCGUUGCUUCUCCUCUGCACUCUGCUGCUUUUAAAUCGGGUGUCUUGUUCCAAGGCAGGAAACUGCGAAGUGUGCGUGGGAUUUCUCCACAGACUAUAUGGAAGCGUGACGGCAACCCAUAAAGAGCUGACCCCUGCUCUGAUGGAGAAAGAACUUUUGCGGGCUUGCUCUGUUGCUCAGGGGAAGGAGGCGAGGCUGUGUUACUACCUCGGUGCCAGCAACGACGCAGCCACCCGUGUCACAGGGUCCGUCUCGCAGCCUCUGGCCUCCCACGUUCCUGUGGAGAAGAUAUGCCAGCGCCUCAGCAGCAGGGACACGCAGAUAUGUGAACUCAAACAUGAGCCUGAGUUGAGGGACCUGAGCAGUGAAGACCUGAAAAAGCUGCGAGUGCUGGAGCUGAGGAAUAUUUUAGCCUCGUGGGGAGAGGAGUGCCGAGGGUGCCUGGAGAAACACGAGUUUGUCAGCCUCAUCCUGGAGAAAGCCCCGCGCCACAGUCAAAAAAGAGAAUUGUGAAUUACUGUGUUCAAAAAAACAUUUAAAAAAGCAAUUCAAAUCUAUUAAAAAAAAUUAAAAAGAGAUUUAUUCUUAACUCAAUAGAAGUGUCACAGAGAAACAGAUUCACAUGAUAAAUACAGAGCAGAGAAAAUCUGAACAGAGAACCGAAAGGGAUCAUAUUUGCGAUGUGAUAAGUUCCCGACAGAACAGGGGGUGGAACAUUUGCCCCUCUCUCCCACUCCA